AUGUGGGGCCAAAACAGUUCCUUCGUUCGUUUUUGCAACUUGUACUUCCGGGAACAGCUGCAGGAGCAGCAGCAACUGCAGCAGUCCGCGACCGAGCGCGACACGACGAACGAUGUCUGGAACUACGUUGUGUUCGUAUCCUUCGUGGUUGUAUCGGCGCUGAUCCCGAUCCGGAAGCGGCUCUGCCGUCGGAGCACAAACAGCAAGAGCAAGCAGGACUAUGUGUUCGGAGCCGGUCAUAUUUCUACCCUCGCGAUGAUGCUAUCGAUCGCGCGCGGUACCCUGGGUGUGAUCUCCGUGUUGGGCUAUCCGAGCGAAUUCUUCUACCGUGGUUCGGCCAUGUGGGAGUCCCUGUACGGUGUCAUCACCGCGUAUCCGAUCGUAUGCUUUGUCUUCAUACCGGUGUACUUCGAUCUGGGCAUAACGUCCGUCUACCAGUAUUUGGAGCUGCGCUUCAACAGUCGUUUAGUGCGUUGUCUAGCGUCAGGUACUUACAUACUGAGGACGUUGCUGAGCUUAGGCGUUACUAUCUACACCCCGACCGUUGCCCUGAACACAAUCAUCGGGGUGCCGUACUGGGUGUCACUGCUCUCCAUUACGUUGAUCAGCAUCUUCUUCAAUGCGCUCGGAGGGCUAAAGGCAGCAGUUGCCGCAGACGUUAUACAGAGCCUCAGCAUGACGGCAAUGCUGGUCGGAAUCAUCAUCUACUGCAGCAUUACGGUCGGUGGUGUGGAUCAGAUAUUCACCAUCAGCUCGGAGAACGAUCGCUUUGCGUUCUUCAACUUUGCGGCCGAUCUUCAUCUGCGUGUUACGACAACGUCCGCCUGGUUGGGUGAGCUGUUCAACUCGCUCAGUCUGCUCGGCUGCCAGCAGAACUUUGUCCAGCGUUACCUGAGCAUGCCGACGUUCGGCCAGAUUCGCCGCACGCUGAUGUGGAACAUCCCGGUAGUGAUACUGCUGUUCUCGCUGCCCUGGUUGGUCGGGAUGGCCAUCUAUGCGAUCUACUGGCAUUGUGAUCCCCUGAAGGCGAGCGUGAUCGCGAAGAUGGAUGAAAUACUGCCCUACUUUAUGCUGGAUCGGUUCGACAGUGUACCGGGCGUUUGGGGCAUCUUCGUGGGGACGCUUUUCAAUGGGGCGCUCACGUUAAACAUCUCCAACAUUAACUCACUGGCCACGGUGACCUGGGAGGAUUUCCUCUCGCUAAUACCCGCACUGCGCAAGAAGAGUGACAAACAUCAGCUGAAUGUGAUAAAGCUCGUCGGUACGAUCUACGCGGUGGUGAUCAUGGGCGUUGGUUUCAUCGUUGGUCUACUGUCCGGUGUGAUCGAAUCGUCGAUGCUGAUCAUCUCGGCCACUUCCGGUCCGCUGCUGGGUGUGUUUGUGCUGGCUAUGUUCAUACCGUUCGCCAAUUGGAAGGGUGCUGCGAUGGGCAUGGUUGCAUCCCAUUUAUCGAUCCUAUGGAUCGUGGUUGGCCGGUUAAUUGAAAGCAACGUUAGCGACACACUGUUGGAUACAUCGAUCGAGGGGUGUUACGCGGAUUUGAUGGAGGCGCAAAAGAACGCAUCCCUGCUGGUGGUCGGUCUGGAGGAGGGUGUUGAUGCGAUCGAGACGAGCAAUCUGCUCAAUCGAAUCUACUCGAUUACGUACAUGUACUACGGUGUGUUCGGGACGGUGCUCACUGUGCUGGCGGGGAUCGUUAUCAGUCUCGCCACCUGGAGCAGCCACGAUCAGUACAACAUGAAGAUGCUACAUCCGGCAGUACGGUGGCUCUAUUCCCGCUGUCCAUUCAGUGGCAAGCACUUUGGAUCGUUCGAGGUAACAACGAAAGAAGCGGCACCAAAGUGUUGA